AUGAUCAUGUCACGGAGCCUGCAGCGCGCCGCGGGCCCGCUGGGGCGACGCAUCAUGGAGGUGGGCGCAGCGUCCCAGCCGCUCUCAUGGCGGCGCCACCGUGGCUGUGGAUCGCAGCUUGCGUGGCCGUUGUUCUGUGCUGGCUCCUCGUCACCAGUGCCCCGGCUCAUCAUGAGAAAUCUUCGCUCCUCUCACGUAGUCCUGCUGCUACCCUUUUCCCUCCUUGGCCAUCCAUCCUCAAACCCCCAGGCGGCCAACAGCCAGCUCCAGGACCCCUCCCCUCUCAUAUGGUCUCCCUUUGCGGGGGAACGGCCUGGCUGUAUUCUCACCCUAGACACGCGCUACAGUCCUGAAGGCGUGCAGGCAGUAGAGGCAGCUGUAGCACAACUGAUGAGGAACCUUGGGAUAGGAGAAAAAGGGGACGGGGGUGGGCCCGGUGGGGGGCGGUUAGUGCAAAAGGGAAGGAAGCUUCGCGCAAUGGAGGAUGCUGUUGCGCAGCUGGUGAGGCGCUUGGGGAUGUGGGGGGAGGGAGGAGGCAAAGGCGGAGGGGAAGUGAGGGGAGAAUGGGUAAGGGAAGUGGAACGGGAGGGAGACGGGCCGAGGGAAGGGUUGACCUUGGGAGGAGAAAGAGAGAGAGGUACAAGGGAAGGGGGGAUGAAGGAGGGUGGUUGGAGAAAAGGGGGAGGAAGGGGAGGAUAUCAUGGGGCAGAGGACGAGGGAGGCGGCUUGUUGUUUGAUGAGGUGAAACGGGAUGACGACGCUGUUGGCCUCCAGGAAGGGCUAGGAAGCGAGUCAGAGGGGGGAAGUGACACAGUGGAAAGGGGGGAAAGGGGACGUGAACUGUUUGCAGGAGAGGACGAGGUGGGUGAGGUGUGGAGGCGGUUCUACGAGAGUCUUCCCAAGCUGCUGGAUGGCAAUGGCAGGGAGCAGCUCUACAAGUUCCCCAUCUGGCUCGCUCUAGCUGUCAACAUACAGUUUCCACAUUCCAUCUUCCCUUCCCCCCACAUUCCAUGUUCCCUUCCCCCCACAUUCCAUGUUCCCUUCCCCCCACAUUCCAUGUUCCCUUCCCCCCACAUUCCAUGUUCCCUUCCCCCCACAUUCCAUGUUCCCUUCCCCCCACAUUCCAUGUUCCCUUCCCCCCACACAUUCCAUGUUCCCCCCACAUUCCAUGUUCCCCCCACAUUCCAUGUUCCCCCCACAUUCCAUGUUCUCCCCAACCCCACAUUCCAUGUUCCCCCCACAUUCCAUGUUCUCCCCAACCCCAUAUUCCAUGUUCCCCCCACAUUCCCUUCUUCUGCUCACAUUCUGGCUGUAUGCAUGACGGCAUGCUGA